CUAUCCCUUUUUGGAAUAAAUUUGUUUGUUUUGAUUUUUUUAAUAUGAGUUCCCUAUAUAUUGAGACCCCCUCUCUUCAUUUUUACACACACAAACACAAAUCUCUUAAUUUUCAAGCAAAUAUCAUCAUCUCUACACCUUUUUCUUAAAAUCUUCUCAUCCAAAUGGGCAAAGACAAGAGUAGGGCAAGAACAUCCGGGAAAUCCAAGGCCAAAUCCCGGGCUACAACGACAACUUCCGAGGAACGCCUCUACUAUGGCGACGGGUCGUACCUUUGGUUCGAUUCCGAGGAGGAACAUACCCGCUUCCUGACCUUCUUCUCCAAGCGGGUUGUGGCUCCACCACGGAUCGUCCUGGAGCGUUUGCCGGAGUUGCUAGGCUACGACUUUCUUGAAGCACAGCUCCACCAAACCGGGCUAUGGCCGUUCGUCUCCCGGGCUCGGAAGGAGAUCAACCCAGUGAUGAUUCGGGUGUUCUACUCCAACCUCCGGCGUGAGGAGAACAUGCUCUACACCCACGUGACCACCACCGUUGGCCCGCUCACCAAGGCCACGAAUAUUUGGACGAUCAGCGCCCAAACCUUCAAGAAGCAGUCGAACAACGCCGCGACUACCACUGCCGCACGCCGCCGCACUGCUGAUGGCCCAGCCGACUCCCUCAACCGGCUGCACUUCAAAGUUGACGGGAUGGACGGGUAUUUUGAACGGCUCGAAGAAGCGGUUCAACGCCAAGGGCACGCCAUGAACGCAUACUUUCAACGCGUCAACUACGUCCCCCCACCGUACCAAGGCACGUUUCUUGGGCAGGUGUACGGUGACGAGGACGAAGAGGAUGGCUCUUACGCCCCGUCAAGCUCCCCAGACGAGGAUGAGUUUGACGAAGCCAUUGACGGUGAUGAGAUGGACGUCGAUGAUGACGAGGAGGAAACCGAAGACGAAGACUAGGCUGCCCCUAGACUUUCUAUCUCGUUUUUAUUAUUCAACUGUCAUGUUUUUUUAAUUAGUUGCUUCCGUUGUACUCCGCUAUUUCCCAAUUCAAUAAAUAAAACUUAUCUUUUAUCUUUUUUUUAAUGUCAAAAUGGGGAAGAAAAGAGCUAUACAUAU